UCUGUGUUUAGAGUUUGUGAUAAAGAAAAAUAUGACGACGGUUGUGGAGGUUAGAGAAUACGACCCGAGUAAGGACUUAGCCACCGUGGAAGACGUUGAACGGCGGUGCGAAGUUGGUCCGACCGGAAAACUCUCACUCUUCACCGAUCUCUUAGGUGACCCGAUUUGCCGUGUCCGACAUUCACCUUCUUACCUCAUGCUGGUGGCUGAGAUUGCUACAGAGGAUAAGAAAGAGUUAGUUGGAAUGAUUCGAGGAUGUAUCAAAACCGUUACAUGUGGUAGCAAAACACUCGAUGUUACUACCAAACCACUUUACACUAAACUCGCAUACGUUUUGGGCCUCCGCGUUUCUCCUACUCACAGGAGGCUAGGAAUAGGGUUUCAGCUCGUGAAGGAGAUAGAGAAAUGGUUUAAUCAAAACGGUGCAGAAUAUUCCUAUAUUGCUACUGAAAACGACAAUCACGCUUCGGUUAAUCUUUUCACCGGAAAAUGUGGUUACACUAAGUUUCGUACACCGUCCAUUUUGGUUAACCCGGUGUACGCACACCGGGUCAACAUUUCUAAUCAGGUUACGGUUCUCAGGCUUGACCCGUCGGAUGCUGAGUCACUAUACCGGCUACACUUUAGCACAACCGAGUUUUUUCCACGAGACAUUGACUCAGUUCUUAACAACAAACUCUCGCUUGGAACAUUCAUUGCUGUUCCACGUGACAGCUGCUACGGGUCCGGGUUCGGGUCAUGGCCCGGUUCAGCUAAGUUUCUCGAGUAUCCACCUGAUUCUUGGGCGGUUUUAAGCGUGUGGAACUGUAAAGACUCGUUUAAGUUAGAAGUUCGUGGUGCAUCGAGACUACGGCGCGUGUUGGCCAAAACAACGCGUGUGGUUGAUAAAACGCUACCGUUUUUGAAAAUUCCGUCUAUUCCAGCGAUUUUUCAGCCAUUUGGACUUCAUUUUAUGUAUGGCAUUGGUGGUGAAGGACCAUGCGUGGAGAAAAUGGUGAAAGCGUUGUGCGGCCACGCGCAUAACCUGGCGAAAGAAGGAGGAUGUGGUGUCGUAGCGGCAGAAUUGGCCGUAGGAGAGCCGGUCCGGAGAGGAAUACCACAUUGGAAGGUGCUAUCGUGUGAUGAAGACUUGUGGUGUAUUAAACGGCUUGGUGAAGAUUAUAGUGACGGCUCUGUUGGUGACUGGACUAAAUCGCCACCUGGCAAUUCCAUUUUUGUUGACCCUAGAGAAUUCUGA